GGAGCACAAGCUGCCGGUUGAGUUUGGAACUCAAAAAAACUCCUUAUGCCUACAACUAUCUCCAAUAACAAAUUGGGUUUUGGUUAAUUUUAUUAAAGUACAUAUUUGUAACCAUUUUGUAUAACUCAAUAAAAUAACAAACUCAUGUCUCUUAUUUCAACAACAACUAGCAUCAAUCCUACUUUGAAUAUUCAACUUAAACCAUAAGUUUCAUGCUACAUAUAACUAUAUGCCAGCCCAGAAACACUCCUCAAAAGAAGUGCAUUAAUAGUCAAAUUGUAUAGUUCACAUUAUUGUAACACACCAAAUUCAAAAUACAGAUAAUGAGGCACCAUAUUCAUUCAUUUAUUCACUCCUAUAUAAAUAGUUCAACACUCAUUAGCAUUCAUAUCACCCCUUAUGAAAAUGGAAGCUACAAAGGAGAAAAAUAAUGUUGCCAUAAUCUUUGGGGUCACCGGACUUGUUGGGAGAGAGUUAGCUAAAAAACUAGUUUUAGAAUCUUCUUGGAAAGUUUAUGGUAUAGCUAGAAAUAAUCAAGAGACACAACCAAACAUCCUUUCAAGCCCUAAUUACAAUUUCAUCUCUUGUGAUUUGCUUAACCCUUUAGAAACUCAAAAGAAGCUAUCUUCAUUACAAGAUGUGACACAUGCAUUUUGGGUCACAUGGGCUAGCCAAUUUCCAUUAGACACACAAGAGAGUUGUGACCAAAACAAAGCCAUGAUGUCAAAUGCUUUGGAUUCUUUGCUCACAAAUGCAAAGAAUCUAAAACAUGUUUCACUUCAAACAGGUACAAAGCACUAUAUAUCACUUCAAGCUCCUUUUGAUGAACAAAAGAAAUUGUAUUAUUACAAUGAAGAAUUUCCAAGAGUGAGUAGAGGCUCAAAUUUCUACUAUGCAUUGGAGGAUUUGCUUAUGGAGAAAUUAAAUGGUAAGAUUCAUUGGUCAGUGCAUAGGCCUGGUUUAAUAUUAGGAAAUUCAAUUAGAUCAUUUUAUAAUUUUAUGGGUAGUUUGUGUGUUUAUGGGUCUAUUUGUAAACAUUUGAAGAUCCCUUUUGUGUUUGGUGGAACAAAAAAGUGUUGGGAGGAGCCUUACAUCGAUGGAUCUGAUGCUAGGCUUGUAGCUGAUCAACAUAUUUGGUCAACUACAAAAAGUGCUAUAGUUUCUAAUAAUGGACAAGCUUUUAAUUCAAUUAAUGGCCCAAGUUUUACUUGGAAGGAAAUUUGGCCAAUUGUUGGGAAAAAACUAGGGGUUAUAGUUCCUCAAGAAAUGUUUGUGGAAAAUUUUUGGUAUUCAAAAGCUAUGAUUGAGAAGCAACAAGUUUGGCAAGAGAUUGUGGAAGAAAAUGGGUUGGUUCAAACAAAAAUUGAAAAUUUAGCUAGUUGGGAAUUUUUAGAUGCUUUAUUUAGAUUCCCUAUUAAACUUAUGGGGAGUAGAGAUAAAGUUGAUGAUCUUGGUUUUGGAGCAAGGUAUAGGACAUUGAAUUCAAUAUUGUAUUGGAUUGAUUGUAUGAGAGAUGAGAAGGUGAUUCCUUAAUUUAGAGUUUUUUUUUUCGCAUCAGUUUCCGAUCCACUAAUGGUGAGCGACUAAUCCAACUCAUACGUAGAAGCAUGUACACUAGCCAAACAUUGUUCCCCUAGUAAUAGAACCCGGUAUUCCCUAUGUACGUCCUUGAAAGGAGCUCUUUGCCUCCUUAAUUAGAGUCUUGUUGCAACAUAUUUGACUUUUGAUUUGGAGUGUUGAUAUUAGAAAUUUAUGGAGCACCACAAAAUGGGCUUUUUCAUAAAUAAAUUAGUGGCAACGUGUUUUUGCAUGUGCUUGUUAAAAUUUCCCUUUAUUGUUCCUUAGUUUUCUAUAGUUUCUAUAAUUUAAUAAUAAUGUAUAUACCUUCUUUUGCACGUCAUUGUUCCCUUGUAUGUGACUUAAUUUUGUCUAUAAGUGGAGGAAUGGUUUUGUGUUCUCCAUGCAUUAGCAAUAAUAAAAUAUUUGGCAACCA